AUGACUGAGGUUGUCUAUCUUGUGGGGAGACUAGUUUCAGCGGCUUUAGAAGAAAUUCAAAAGUUAUUGGGCGUCAAGGGUGACCAAGACAAGCUCAAGAACUUGCUAGAGAUGAUCAAGAAGACGCUCGCUGAUGCUGAGCAGAAGCAAACAACAAAUCAAGCUGUGAGGAUUUGGCUGUCAAAGGUUAAAGACUUUUGCUAUGAUGCCGAGGACGUGCUAGAUGAAUUCGAAGCAAGGCCUUGUGGAGGCGGGCGAGGCCGAAAAGGAAGAAACAAAGAUAAGCAGAGGAUAAUAGAGCUAUUGAUGAGAACGGAUGAUGAUGGAGUUGGUAAGGUAGGUGUCAUCUCAAUUGUUGGAAUGGGAGGUAUUGGAAAGACGACUCUUGCUAAAUGGGUUUACAUGGAUGAUAGGAUAAGCAAAUAUUUUGAUCUCAAAGUUUGGUUAUCCAUGUCAGUAGAUUUUGAAGUUAAGAAGAUAAUAAGAGACAUCAUUGAGUCUCUUAGUCAUGAAGCAAAAUGUGAUAGUUGGAGCCUUGAAAAGCUGCAAAAUCACCUAAGAAGCAUUGUGGAGAACAAAAGGUGUUUGUUGGUAAUGGACGAUGUGUGGGAAGUUAGUCGGGAAAAUUGGGAAGGACUGAGAGAUUUGUUAGAAGGUGUCUCCGAAGGGAGUAAAGUCAUUGUGACUUCGUGGAAUAAAUCGAUUGUCUCAACCAUGGGCACUGUUCCCCCACAUAAUUUGGCCAACCUUUCACAAGAGGAUUCUUUGACUUUGUUCAUGAAGUGCGCCUUUGAUCAAGGGCAAGAGAAGAAUCACCCAGACCUUAUGGCAAUUGGCAAGGAAAUCGUGAGCAAGUGCGCAGGGAAUCCUAUGGCGGUGAAGACACUAGGGAGCCUUCUGUAUUCAAAAACCAAACUGAGCAACUGGGAAUGUAUACGAGACAGUGAGAUAUUGCAAUUACAAACUGGUAUUUUACCUUCAUUGAGAAUAAGUUACGAUCUAAUGCCUUUUCACUUGAAACAAUGUUUCGCUUAUUGCUCCAUAUUCCCGAAGAAUUACAAGUUCAACAACCUGGAACUGAUCCAACUAUGGAUCGCAAACGGGCUUAUUCAAUCCAGUGGAAAUACUCAGGAGCUGGAAGAGAUUGGACAGCAGUAUUGGGAGGAGCUGUGGUCGAGAUCCUUCUUCGACGAUGUCGUGGAAGACUAUUUGUUCUUGACCUUCAAAAUGCACGACCUCAUACACCAACUUGCGAUUUCGGUGGCACAAACCGAAUCAUCCAACGUGAACAUGAACAUGCGCACGCAGGAUGUUUCCCCGACCACUCAGCAUAUAUCAUUUUCGGAUCCAUCUCUUCUGCCAGAAGAUGAACUACCUAGCUACUUGAGCAAACUCAGCAGGGUUCGCACCAUCAUGUUUCCAAUAAAAAAGGAGGGUUCCACUGGGGAGUCCUUUCUAGAGAUGUGCAUUUCGAGAUUCAAGCAAUUGAGAGUGCUAUAUCUACAUGACUCUAGCUUUGACCAACUGCCUAGUUCAAUCAGUGGUCUAAAGCAAUUGAGCAACGAUUCCCAGAGAAGGGAAUAG